UGAGAAACACGACUGAGGGAAGUGGACAGAGAGGCAGUGCGAUACUGAACGAUUAUGAUGAAGAGAAUGAUGGAGAUUUACGGGGGACCGAACUCCACCAGAUACACCCUCUCGGUACCCUAUCAGCACAGCUCCUAUGGCAGUGGGAGAAGCUCCGCCCCCAUCCACUGCUUCCGCUGCAGGGAGGUGUGCAAAGGGGAGGUGGUCCGUGUGCAAAACGUCCAUUUCCACGUCAAGUGCUUCACCUGCCAAGUGUGUGCCUGUGAUCUGGCGCGUUCCGGAUUCUUCCAGAAGAACGGCGAGUACAUCUGCACGGCGGAUUACCAGCGGCUGUACGGCACGCGGUGCGACAGCUGCCGCGACUUCAUCACCGGGGAGGUGGUCUCCGCGCUGGGCCGCACCUACCACCCCAAGUGCUUCGUCUGCAGCGUCUGCAGGAAGCCCUUCCCCAUUGGAGACAGAGUCACGUUCAGCGGGAAAGACUGCAUCUGUCAGCAGUGCUCACACACCUUGGUCAGCACCAGCGAGCCAAUCAAAAUCCACGGGCCCAGCCACUGCGCGGGCUGUAAGGAGGAGAUCAAACAGGGCCAGUCUCUCCUCGCUCUGGAGAAGCAGUGGCACGUCAGCUGCUUCAAGUGUCAGACGUGCGGCAUCGUUCUCACGGGGGAGUACAUCAGCAAGGAUGGGAUCCCGUACUGUGAGUCAGACUACCACGCCCAGUUUGGCAUCAAGUGUGAGACGUGCUGCAGGUACAUCAGCGGGCGCGUGCUGGAGGCGGGGGGGAAACACUACCACCCUACCUGUGCCCGCUGUGCCAGGUGUCACAUGAUGUUCAGCGAGGGGGAGGAGAUGUACCUGACAGGUUCAGAGGUGUGGCACCCGUUAUGUAAACAGGCAGCUCGUGCCGAGCGGAAGCUGAAGCACAGACGCAUGUCAGAGACGUCCAUCUCCCCCCCCGGCUCGAGCAUCGGCUCCCCCAGCCGAGUCAUCUGUGCCAAAGUGGAAAACGAGAUCCUUAAUUACAAGGACCUGGCGGCUCUGCCCAAGAUAAAGUCCAUUUACGAGGUGCAGCAGCCGGCGCUGCUGGCCUACGAGCCCUAUGUGAGAUACAGCUCUGACGACCGGCUGGAGCGCUACAGCUACGGAGAGUCCCUGGGAACUCUGUCUCCGUACUCCCAGGACCUGUAUGACAGCGUGGACCUGAGGCAGCGGCGGUGCUCCAGUCCGGGGUACAUCGACUCGCCCUCCUACAGCCGACAGGGCGUGUCCCCCAGCCUGCCCCGCUCCCCCCAGCACUACUACCACCCCGGCUCAGAGAGUGGGAGGAGCUCUCCUUAUUAUGGUCAGCUGGACGCUCGGUGUGGCACUCCGACCUCGUUCCAGGUCCCCAAACAUUUCCAUGUGCCAGCCACAGGGGACCCCAACAUCUACAGGAGACCCCCCAUCUAUAAGCGGCAUGAUAACUCCUCAGCCAGCAAAAGCAAGACCAGCGAGGACAUCGUUGAGUCCUCCAAGUUCCCAGCAGCCUACUCUCCUGAGCCCUACCAGCACUCUGAGACCGAGUACUACCACUACGCCAGCUCGCCCAAAGGCUCUCGCACACCGCGGAGGCGUUUCUCGUCAGGAGGAGAGGAGGACGGCUGGAAUCACAGUCUUCACAGAAUCCAGAGUGGGAUUGGGCGGAUGAUCCUAAAGGAGGAGAUGAAGGCCAGGUCUGGUUCCUAUGACAACGACCCCUGGGCCAGCGCUCGCAAUUCCCGCAGCGGCAGCAAGGAGGCGCUACACAGCAUGAGCUACAAUAACACCGUCAACGGCUCUCCAAGGUCACAUUACAGUGCUGACAGUGACUCCUACAUUUCCAAAUCAGCUUCCCUUCCAGGAUACGGCAGGAACGGGCUACACAGGCCCCAAAGUGCCGAUUACUUCCAGUACGACAGCAGCAACGCGGUGAACUGGGGCAUCAGAGGUGAGAGGCUUCUCCCGUAUGAAGCCUUGGUCGUGACCACAAGGGGGCGCAACAGGCUGCCAAAGGAUGUAGACAGAGCCAGGUUAGAGCGUCAUUUGUCGCCCGAGGAGUUCUACCAGGUGUUCGGGAUGACGAUGGCGGAGUUUGACCGGCUGGCGUUGUGGAAGAGAAACGAGCUAAAGAAACAAGCAAGGCUGUUUUAACGGCGGAUCACGCCGAGAGAAACCGAGCCGGCCGUUCAGUCCCAGAGAACCGGAACCGCGCUGGCGUCACCACAGAGAGGGAGUCCGAACACGGAGAAGCGACCACACGCGCGCGGUUUACAGAGAGUUGGAACACUGACUUAUCAAGGCGGUUUUUUUGCAAGUGCGUAAAGCUGCGUAUGUUGAAUCGAUUUGAGUUGAGAUUUCAUUCGUUCGGGAGACGAUGGCGGCCGCGGGCACGCUGCUCUGCUGUGAUGGUCUUAUCGGGCCGUCGCUGGUCAGGCUUUGCCUUACGUUCGAGUUGUGCGCGCGCACCAGCAAACUGACGAGAAUGUUGACGCAUAUCCAACACUUUAACAGGAUGCUAAGAGACAGAAACAGCGUAGUUUUCAUUUGUAGAAAGAAAAUGGUCGAAACGUGUGGAAAACUAGCAUAUUUCUCAGAAUGCUUUCACUCAUCAUUUUUAUUUAUUAAUCAUCAUUUAUGCGUGUUUUACAGGGAUUGGGCUACUUAUCCACUGAUAAGAGAAUACAUAUAUAUUACAGUUAAAGAAAGCUAAUACAAACAAGAGUUAUUGUACUCAGAUAUUUCUAAGAGGCUGUGUGCAGGAUCGUUGGAAUUUACAUCAAUUUAGUGAGGAGGCAAACCAAAGGGAUACUAAUACCCGGAUCUCCGCAUGUUUUUAAACUGCCGAUGGUUAAUCUGGCUAUAGCGCAAGACUUUUUUUUGUUCUUCUCCUUACCUUCGAUCAUCAAUUAAUUUUCUCUCCUUUUUCGAAGACUAGCUAUCGCUACAGAAUGUAUUUUCAGUUGAGAGACAUCAAGAAAUAAUUCAAAUGUACUCAUGAUAGAGCUGACUGCUGAGAUGUAAAAGCUGUUACCAAGUGUAUUUUUAUUUUUUCUACUGCGUUUAUCAAACUUUUUUUAUUGAAUAUUGGAAAAGAAAACUCACACAAAAAGCAAGUUGCGUGUAUUGUUUGAACUAUGGAAUUAUAGUUGUGUGUUGACUUCAUGGGAAGAAGGGUGUGGUGGAUUUGGGGAUUUUAUGAAACCGUAGAGUACUGUCUUAUAUUUUAGGCUAGAUAAGUGGUUCCCAACCUUGGUCCUGAGGGACAACUGUCUAUGCAAUCCAAGAAUUUUAACAAGCUGUUCUUUUUUUUCUUAGUUAGGUGCUUUGCAUGUUUAGAAGGAUCAUUUACCAUUUUAAGCCACGUUGUAUCAGAAAUAGCUAUGCAUGCCAUGGAGAAUAAAAAUAGUAUGUUCUUAUUGUGCUAAAUUGCAAACAGUUACAUAAAAACAAGUAACAGAAUUGUUUACCUGACCCAAUUAAAGACUGGGGUAUAUCAAUAGGCUCCCAAUUAGGUUGUUGAACAGGUGUGUUUAAGUUUUUUCAUAAUUUUUCCCUUAAACUUCUUAACACAAUGUAAGUUUAGCUUGUUAUCAUUUGUCUCAUCUUUGAAUACUUCAUUAUCACCUCAAUCUUUAAUUUCAUCCUUUAAAAAGUUUAAAGGUCUUACGUUUGCAAUAUAGCACAAUAAGCACAAUGUGAAUAUGGGACUUUUAUUCCGCAUGGCAUGCCUGGCUAUUUCUGACCCAAUGUGGCUGAAGAGGGUAAAUUAUGCCUCUAAACAUAAAAAGCACCUGAUUGAGAAAAAAUAACCACUUGUUAAAAUUCUGGGAUUGCAGUUGUGGUUGGAGCGAAAGCCAGCGUACAGAGUGGGCCCCCAGGACUGAGGCUGGGAGCCGCUGGACCAGGUUCAGAUUCCUCCGCAGCGCUGUCUACACACUUAUGGAAAAUCAACACGAUUGGGUUCCACACCGCUUUACAUGACUGUGACACUCAAUACCGCACAUCUAAUGGCUUCGUUUUUUUUUUUUUUUUUUGCUGUGUGAUCUAUUCUGUUGUAUUUUAUUAGUCCACUAUAAGAUACUGUGAUUAAUAUCAAUGGGAUUCAAUCAGUAAUUUUGACUCAUUAUUUUACAUUGGCUUUUUUUUUUUUACUUACCAUUUACUCUGAUGGAAUGCGGCUAAGCUGGACUCCGUGCUCAUUAUGGUCUGCUGUCUCACUGAAGGUCGCUGAUAAAUACCCGAGUAAGAAGAAUGGGACACUGAGCGCUGGGAGAGUCGGCAUAAUGAAGUGGUUUUAAUGAAAGUGCAAAGUCGCGCACCACACGUAGCUUCUCAGUAACUCAGAACUGUGGAAGCUCAGGUAACGCUCGUUACAGUUUUGAUUUAAGGCAGUGGUCUCAAACUCAGUGCCAUAGAGGGCCGUGUGUAUGCUGGUUUUUAUUCCAGCCUCAGAUCUUGACUAUAUAAUUUGUUCAAUUAUUUGCUGAAUUAGGGAUGCAGGUUUGCACAUAGUGGUGACCCGACGUCUAUGGUGACCCGCAUUGUCCAAAUAAAAACUUGCUUAUAUUCUGUGCUUCAAUGCAGUUAAAUGCAUAUGGCUGAAUGAGUAAUUGGACUCAAUUAAGGCAGCAUUAAUUGGUUGGAAGGAACACCUGCAUACACACGGCCCUCCAUGGCAACGAGUUUGAGACGACUGAGUUAAGAGAUAUUCAGUCAUUGUCUUAAAAGACAAGGCUGCUGAGCAUUUGUACCCAGUGGAAUAGUUUACAUGAAUAUUAUUCAUCCACUUAUUCACCCAUUCAUUCCGUCAUGCAGUGCCGCAUAUGAAGAGUUACAGGACACUCCACGAUAUUGGGGCGUCAGGGUGUAAUGUAUAUGUAGUACAUGACCUGCAUUUAAGGAUUAUUUCAGUACUUACAGGCGACAUGCCGAGAGUUGUACACCUGUUUACUAAAUAAUUUACUUAUUGAACACUUUUAAAUAGCAGGGGAUUUAAAAAAUAGCAGUAUUUUUUAAUUGUACAUUUUUUCCUUUGUAACUGUAUACAGCCUAGCUAUACUUUAUUUAUUGGUCAGUUCUGUACCAAUAAAUUAUGUAUAUCUUAUAUUUAAAUAAAACUGCUUUGUUGUGUAUGGUUUGGGAUGUGUGGCCUGAUACUGUAUUUCAAAAAUUGCCUUAAUUUGUUUUUAAUUUGUUUGUAUAAUUAUCUUUUGUUAAUUAUUACAAAUGCAUAAUAAAUAUUCAUAUACUUACGUUACAUAUUCAUCAAUUUAAAAUAAAUGGUUUCAUUUUUCACCUUAUUCUACUUUAAA